GUCUAUAAUCAUUUGACACUAUAAUUGUAGAUGGAGGACUUGGAUCUUCCCCAGAUGAAGAGGGAGGUGGAGAGUCUUCAGUACCAGCUGGCCAUCAACAGAGAGAAAUCCUCCAUCACGGUUACUGAGCUGGUGAAGUGGAUCGAGGGGUGUGUGUGUGAUGACCCAUUCCUGAACCCAGAGCUGAUGAGGGCCAACCCCUGGGUGGAGAAAGGCAAAUGUGUGAUCCUCUAACGGACACACACACGGAUCCACACACACACACACACACUGAGACACACACACUGAGACACACACACACACACACACACACACUGAGACACACACACACACACACACACACACUGAGACACACGCACACUGAGACACACACACACUGAGACACACGCACACUGAGACACACACACACUGAGACACACACACUGAGACACACACACACACACUGAGACACACACACACACACUGAGACACACACACCAAGUUAUACCAUCCUAUUUAUUUGUACAUCCAUGUCUAUGGUUUUAGCUGAUA